UGUCAGUUCUAUUGAGCAACGCUUGCUUAUAACACGACAUCAGACUAACGAUCUGUCAAUCCCACUCCGCAAACCCACGACUCCCUGACUCGAUCGUAAAACCCCUCGAAUAAACAUUGCUGUUGAGCCCCAUGAAAGAAAUAGAAAAAUAACACAAUCCCUCUCUCUCUCAUCAUUCGUAGAUUUCGCGAAUAGCAGUUGAGGUGAGCGUGCGCGCCAAUGGAAAAACAGUAGACACGACAGAGCACCGAUAUGCCAACCUGGGAUACCGUUGUGUCUUCAUCGUCCCCAACGCUACACACCUGUGCUCACUGUUGCGUUACCAUUGUGUCUCAUUCGUGCAAUAAAUUGUGGUAGCCUGUGAGUUUAAUAAAUUACAGUGUUGACGAUGAAAAAGUCCUGAGGAUCGGAUAUUUCGGAGUAAAAAUAGCGGAAAACAAAAGGAGAACGAGGAAGUGGAAAUUCAUAAUAGAAUUCUGGUGGGGAAGAAUAAUGGGGGGCCUCCCCAGUGGCUGGAUGAGGAAGGUCCUCCUUUUCCUCGUGCUCAUCACUGGGAUCCUCCUGAUCGCCAUGUACGCGCACACACCACCUCUCGUAUCCCUCCAGCCCUUCGCCCCCAGGAGAUCGUUCAACAGCCCAUGGACGUGGGUUUGUGUAGCGGGCAGAUGUGAGCGACGUACGUCAAGAACAUCGCGUACGUCCCUCGCGACGUGCAAUGCACUCUGCGGUGGUAACACUCGAUUGCUCUGGCCGCGGCCCACUGGCAGCGUCAUCCUCGGUGAAGAGAUGAUUGCGUUAUCUCUUCAGCACAUUGAAUUAGUUAUCAUCAAUACGAGGGAUGAGGAAGUGAAAAGUCUACUCGAGCAUGCCAAGGAUGUUUUUAUUGGAAACAUCAGAAGUUUAAUAAAGAUGCCGAACGCCCGGGAGAGAUGGAGCAUCGACAGCUUCGUCAUCUACCUGGACGCGGCGGGCGCUUCCGGCACCAAGUUAACUCUCUCCACCGACGAGUCCUAUCACCUGGACCUUUCCCAGAAGGAUCGUCUCCUCGAAGCCAAGAUAUCCGCAAAGAGCUACUACGGUAUUCGCCACGGCCUGGAAACCCUUUCCCAACUAUUCUGGUGGGACGACUCGGCAGGUCGCCAGGGGACUCUACGAGUCCUCGCCAAAGCCUCCAUAGAAGACAAGCCAUCCUUCCACUACCGCGGACUCCUAAUCGACACUGGUCGUCAGUUUUUCCCCAUAGAGCAACUAAAACGUGUGAUCGACGGGAUGGCAGCGUCCAAACUGAACACCUUCCACUGGCACAUUUCGGACUCGCAAUCCUUUCCCUUCGAGUCCUCAAUCUUCCCCCAGAUGGCGAGAUGGGGUGCCUUCAGCGGAGAUGAGAUUUACACACCCGAAGACAUGAAAGACUUAGUAGAUUAUUCUAAAAUCAGAGGCAUCAGAAUCAUAAUAGAGAUAGAUUCCCCUGCCCAUGCUGGCGCUGGCUGGCAGUGGGGUCCUGAAUACGGCUUUGGAGAGCUAGCUUUAUGCGUUGACCAAGAACCCUGGUCGUCAUACUGCGGAGAACCAAAUUGUGGACAGCUAAACCCUAUUAACGAGCACUCUUACAAGAUUCUCGAAAGCUUGUACAAAGAAAUACUCGACAUUACUGAAGUAAGGGACAUUAUUCAUAUUGGGGGAGACGAGGUGAACUUAGAAUGUUGGGCACAGUAUGGAAACAUCACUCAAGCCAUGCAAGCAUCGAACUUCACGGAUUUGCACGCCAUAUGGGCGGAUUUCGAAGGAAAAAUGCUCAAGAGGAUUGUCAGGGCGAACAAGGACGAGAUACCGAAGGCUGUAAUACUCUGGAGCUCACCAUUGACCAAACGACCAUGGAUCACCACUCAUUUCGAUCCUAAGGUUCAUGUUAUCCAGUCUUGGGGAGGUAGUAAUUGGCCUGAGACUGGGGAUCUCCUUGACGAUGGGUUCAGAGUGAUCCUGUCGCAUGUUGACGCCUGGUACUUGGACUGCGGAUUUGGGAAGUGGAGAGAGACUGGGGAGGCUGCUUGUGGGGAGUAUAGGACGUGGCAGACUGUUUAUAAUCACAGGCCGUGGAGGGAUUAUCAGGCUGCCAAUCUGGUGAUGGGGGGCGAGGUGGCGUUGUGGAGUGAACAAAUUGGACAGGCCAGUCUGGGGCCCCGACUGUGGCCCAGAGCGUCUGCCUUUGCUGAGAGAUUAUGGAGUGAUUUACCAACAGCAGGAUACAUUACAGAAGAGAGCGUCUAUACUCGUCUAUCAGCCCACAUGGACGUUCUCCAAACUCGCGGAUUGAAAACAGAGGCAAUGUGGCCGCAAUGGUGCAGUCAGAACCCUGGAAAAUGUCUCUGACCGAGUAUCACCUAGACCAGGUGGGGCCUGUGCCGCAUCAUCAACAGUUGGCCGUGCAUACGACGUCCCGUGUAAAGAAAUUGAGAGAAAUAAAUACAAGAAAAUACUUAUAGAUAACUAUUAAGAUAAUUCGAGGAUUUAGCGAAAACUAAAAUUUUUAUGUGACGCGAAAACUUUUAUACUACAGUUGUACACAAUGGAGAUUUUUCAAUAAUUCGGUGAGUUCAAUCAGUGCAUUGUUGUUUCAGAGUAAAAGGGACAAAUCGGAAGUGUUUAUCACAGGGUCCAAGUGUAAGAGGGCUCUUGUAGAGCGAAUUUUUAUAUGAAAUCAAUAAUUUGUCGAUUUAUCGAAGAUUGAUACAUACGCGGAUGAAAGUAUCGGUUGAAUUGUACUAUGAUUUCCUCUCUCAUUCAGAAAAUAUUUUGUGUGAAUUGUUGCAAAUGAUUGUUUGAACAUUAUUAUUAUUAUUAUUAUUUAUUUAUUUUCAGAAUGAAAUGGUAAAAUAUUCCAAUUGCUUGGAUUUGUUAUAUAAAGUAAAUGAGUAAAUCUAGAAGAAUUUUUUACAAGAAAAGGCUGUUGGCAUUCUCUCUAAUGAAACUACUGCAUUGGAAGAAAAAUGGGUUUCAACCAUUUUUGUAGCUCAUGGAAUUCUCUGCUGAAAAAGGUCUACUGAUGUUUCCAUCUCCGAUUAAUUCUGGCUGAUAUGAUUUAACAAUUAACUAAAUGAGUCGAAAAAAUUUAAUGUACAUUUUAAAAAGAAUUUUCAAAUUUAAAAAACUUGCAGUUUCUUCUUACAUUCAGAAACUGGUUCGUACGCCCAAUGAUUCUGCCACAAUUCACCUAAAAUGUAAUUUCUGAUAACAAACAUUAAAAACGGUUAAUUAUACAGUAAGAUUGAAUUCUUUGCUCAUCAAACAAACCUAUUGAGUGUGAAAAUGAAGAUAGAAUAUUGUUGGCAUUUUAUUGUUUAAAAGUGCCUUUCAAACACUCAGUUUUUUUAUUCUUAGCUAAGUCGUGAAGAGGAUAUCAACGAAAUGAUGAAAACGAUGGAAAAAAUAGUACAUUAAGUUCAUUAGUUGUUCCUAACAAUUAAUGAACAACUGUAGAACAAUGGAGUUUACAUGUGCAAUCGUAGAAUACAUCCCUUGAUAAAUUUCCAAGUUAUGAAAAGUAUUAUUCAACAUUUUUUGCAUGAUCGAUGCAAGGAAUAAAGAAAGAAAGCAAUAUGAAUUAUAUAAUUUAUGAAUUAUAUAAUUAUUGAUCUAAUUUUAUUUCUGUUGCUUCCGAAUGGAAGCUUUAUAAUAUUGAUUUUAACUAUCUUCUACUUUUGCCUGGAAUGCAAUGAAAUGUGAAGAUAUGAUGUUUUUAGAGAAUUUUUUUAUGUUUUUUUAUUUUUUUUCGUUUUUAGAGAAUGUGUGUAUGUA